UAUCGAUAAACACGCGGUCACACUGGCUAACAUCUAUCCCCAACAAUAUUUCCGACAAAGAAAAUGCUGAAAAUUAGUAACCAAGUGAAUGAAAAGUCAAAUUUCUGAUUGACAUUCAGCCCCAAGCAGUAAGCACAUUGGAAUUCGACCGGCAAAAGCCGAUAGAUUCCAUUUGGGCGGCGUCCCGUCCCCCCGCAGAGCGUGAGUGAGUGAGAGAGAGCUCAGCGUCAGAGUCGUGUGACAAGAGAGAAGGAAGAAGGGGAAGAUAAUGACCACCCAGAGAACGCAACGAAAUGCCACCAGCGCCGCCUCCACGGAGUCCGACUACGAAACGCUCAUGCAGCGUCUUCACAUCGGGUCAGGUGGCGGUGGGGGUGGGGGUGGCGGUGGCAUGCGUGGCUACCAACGCUCGCCAGGGGCCAUCGAGAACUUCAUCCACGAUGGUCAGCAGCAGAUGCAUCACCACCACCAGCAGCAGCAGCAGCAGCAGCAACAGCAACAGCAGGCACACGACUACAAGCUGUACGAGCGCGGCAAUAUUAUAGCCGCCUCCAAAUACGCCACGCCCAAGCCCGUCGAGCAGCUGAUCAACAAUGGGGGUGGUAGCCCACAAAUCUAUGCGCCCACCGCACAGGUGCUGGGCCAGCGCAUCGCACCGCAGAAGCACUCGCCCGUGUACGAGAACCUCGAAUUCUACGGACAAUUCGACUCGAACCACAAGCGCGCCCAGCCGCAGAGCCCCGGCAGCCGGCAGAGCGCCAUGCUGAACGACUACCUGCUGAUGCAGCCUAUUGGCGGUGGGAGGUUUGCCCACACGCCUGUGCCCGAGACAGUGGCAGUGGGGGUGGCUGCGAGCGGAGGCCACCUACGCGAACCUCUGGAGGAGGUGGUGGCGCCCAUAUACGAGAACAUCAUACCCCAUUCCGGGCAGCGUGCCCAGCCGCAGGCCUCUCCGGCCACGGCCACCAUGUACCAGGAAAUGCCGGGCAAUGUGGCCUCCUCCGGCGCGUCCUCUGGUCUGGAUCUCAACGCGCUGCUCUCGUCGCCAAUGCACCAGCGCAGCAUAAGCACAAACAACACGCAACAUCCCACUGCCACGCUGGGCUCGCCGACCCAGCGCUAUAGGAAUCUGUCGCUGCCCAGCCACCUGAGUCCCGUGCCGCCCUCGUCGCCGUCACCCCUGCCGAUGUCCGUGUCCAAGCUGCAGCAGCACACACCCAUCAAGCAGCACAUGCCACCGCCACCACAGGCGCCAGCUGGCGGCGGCCAUGGGGCUGGCAUCAAUGUGUCGGUGAAUCCCAACUACAUUGAGGACAUCAAUAGCUCGGACUACGUGUGCAUGACGGCCAAUCUGCAUCGCAAUACAGGCCCGUUGGGCGCAGGCAGCGUGGUGGCAGGCAGAGCAGCACCGGCUGCAGGUGCUAUGCCACAACGAGCAGUCCAGGAGACACCAGCAGCGGCGUCAUCCACAGCAAUAUCAUCGCUGCGAGCUACGCCCAUAGCGAUGUCAGCACCCUUGGCGGUGGCCACAUCACCCACGCCCUCGCAGGGCAGCACAGGUCUAACCAAGAAUCUGCUGCCGUACAGCGUGACUCCGCCGCGUCCGGCUGGUCCGACAGAGGCGCAGCGCAAGAUCGAGGAGCUCACCCGCCAGCUGGAGGAGGAGAUUGAGCAAAGUGAGGAGCAUGGCGAGUACUUUGGCAUUUGUCAUACGUGCGGGGAGAAGGUAAAGGGUGCCGGACAGGCCUGCCAGGCCAUGGGUAAUCUCUAUCACACCAAUUGCUUCAUCUGCUGCUCCUGCGGCAGGGCGCUGCGUGGCAAAGCCUUCUACAAUGUGCACGGACGGGUAUACUGCGAGGAGGAUUACAUGGUAGGGAUCCCCAUCUCCCAAUCCCAUUUCCUUUCCAUCCCAUGUAUACCACUGACUCUCCUUAACAAUUCAUUUCUGCAGUAUUCGGGCUUCCAGCAGACAGCGGAAAAGUGCGCUAUUUGCGGGCAUUUGAUCAUGGAAAUGAUCCUGCAGGCAAUGGGUAAGUCCUAUCACCCGGGCUGCUUCCGUUGCUGCGUAUGCAACGAGUGCCUGGACGGUGUGCCCUUCACCGUGGAUGUGGAUCACAAGAUAUACUGCGUCAACGAUUACCAUCGAAUGUUUGCUCCCAAAUGCGCCAGCUGUGGCAAAGGCAUCACACCCGUUGAGGGCACCGAUGAGACCGUACGUGUGGUGUCCAUGGACAAGGACUUCCAUGUGGACUGCUACAUAUGCGAGGAGUGCGGCAUGCAGCUGACAGAUGAGCCGGACAAGCGCUGCUAUCCUUUGGAUGGGCGUCUCCUAUGUCGAGGCUGUCACCUGCAACGUCUGGCCCUGCAAUCAUCGCCGCACACGCGCCACCAGGAGCCAGUGUGUGCCUCCUAUCAGUAUAUGGGUUAGGCGCACAUCCUGCAUCCUCCUGCAUAGUCCUGCGCCCACUACGCAUCCAACUACUGACUGAGAAAGAACUAUCACACUAUCCACGCGAACAAAUUAUUCCAAUUUCAAAUAUUAUCUUAAACAAAAUGAGAGAAAAACACAUGCAUUUAUACGAAAGGA